AUGCAUGCAAUUCAAACCGUAACACCCACAUCUCGAACAGCAGCAGCGAUACUGUUAUUACGACGACAACAACCAUCACUACACGAAAAACUCUGGCGUUCACUUUCGACAUUCUCGUCUAAUAGUACUCUUUUUGCAGCAACAACGGCGUCACUUUCCCACCCCACAUGCACCACCCUACACGCAACGCCACGCGAAACUAGCAGUUUUAGUGGUUUUGCCAAUGAAUCAUUUCCACCAGAUCACCCAUUCCUAAAGAAACUAUCAUCGUAUCCUUCGGUGCGAAGUGCAAUUAAAGAAUUAUCAGAGAUACUAAUAUCACGUGGGGUUAACCUUACGCCAGGAAAACGACCCGGGUUCGGCUUUUUUACAAAAUUGAUGUUGGAUAGUGAAAUUCGAGAAAAAUUGGAACGCUUGGCGUUAGAGAUAAAACGUGCGGGGUUAGAAGAGGAAUUGACGGAAUUUGUGAAAAAAUAUAGCGCGGCCGGUCAAUUCUCGUCUGGACUAGAAGCGCUUGGUAGUGGUGGUGCCCUGGUUGAUUUUGAUGAUGAUAAAAGCACUAAACCUGCCACUGGUAAUAAAAAGAGUGAUGGAACAAAUAAAAGUGUUGUUGAUACGCCGAGUGUGAUUGCGAUCUCACCAACAACGACGACAACAGCAACAUCUUCUGUGUCUAUGAACGGUAAUGAAGAUGCGAAACCUAAAUCUUAUGUCGAGACACCUGAGGAACGCGCAAGUAAAGAAGCGACAGCAAAAGAGGCUGAAGUCAGUCGUGGAAUGAUUGCGAAAUUUUUUGGUUCGUUAUUGGCUCUAUUUGGUAAAAAAUAA